GUUUUGAAGCCUUACUUCUAAUAUUAAGUAAGCUUAGAACAUGGGGUUUAAUCACCUUAGGUAAUCGUAAUAGACCUACAGGCUUACAUAGUGAGCUUUAUUCAAUGCAACAAGCAGAACCUGAUAUAUUUAUUUGGACUCCAGUUGAA